UCAUAAAUACGGUAAGUUAAGUCCAUGUAGAAGCUAUAGCUGACAUUUGUCUACCGGGCGUUUCUGUAGAAAAAGUCUACUCAGCCAGUGGGAGGGUAUAUAUUCACAAGACUGGUGUAUAUUCUACAGAAAGUUGCAGUUAAUCAGCUGUAGGAGUCGAGUAGGAGCUCAACAAGACAGCUGACAGCUGACACUGACAGGUUUACAUUUACAGGCAAGAGCAGAAUUAUCUUUCAAACUGCGGCAGAAUACAGCAGCAGAAUGGCAGCAGCAUCACCAGAGAUACAGAAGGACUUACUGGAGCUGAUGAAGGAUAAAACUCCAAGGGAUGUCAGAUUGGAGUUCCGCAAAGGAAAAUAUUUCAUGGCUUCCACCUCUGGCCUCUGUAAAGGAUACAAACAAGCCAAUCUGAUGAUUGUUCACAAAGAUGUAGCAGCAGACUUGGAGGAAUAUUGUCGCUUGAACUACGGACCAAUGGCUCUCAUCUUUAACUCCAAACCGGGCCAGUUUAAUGCUCCUGAACUCUCUUAUGAUUCAGAUGUUAGGACUGAUGUGGCAGCUUAUAAUGUAUUUGUCAAUGGAGAGUUCUCUGAAACGGUUCCGGACCUUCUGAAAUUUGGGGACCAGCUGAACGAUUUCUGCUUUUUCUACUUUGGAUGCAGUUUUUCUUUUGAUGAGGCCCUCCUUGCUGGGGGUAUACCUCUCAGAAAUCUGGAGCAGGAAAACACAAAUGUUGCGAUGUAUAAGUCCAAUGUACAGUGCCAUGGAUGCGGUUGUUUCCAUGGUAACGAGGUGGUAUCUAUGAAGCCCAUACCCAAGGAGUUGGUAGAGAGGAGUUUUCAGAUUACUCAUCCGAUGGGAGAUGUCCAUGGAGCUCCCAUGCACAUUGGAGACCCUGCUGUCAUUGGCAUUGAUCUGGAUAGGACUGACUAUGGAGUAGCCACUAAAUUCCAUGAAGGAGAUAUCCCGGUAUUUUGGCCAUGUGGUGUCACUGGACUAGACACUCUCAAAUCUGUUAAAUUGCCACUGGCUUUCACACACAGACCAGGCUGUAUGCUGCUCACAGACACCCCCUCCACGAAACCUAACCCCAACCCAGCCCCAGAGGAUCUCCCAAGGGUAGUCUGGCUUUCUGAUACCCCACCCCUGGCGAGUGCCCUCUCUCAGGCUACCAUGGAUAAGAUAAAGAAACUGGAAACUGCAGCAAUUGAAGACAUAGGAAAGCGGCAAAUUGGCCACCUUCUGGUUGAAGACGAUAUGCUGAAGUCGGCCCUGUCGCUCUCCCAUGCCAAAUCGGUUGCCAUAACGACCGGCUUCCCGGUGAAGCUAGAGGGAGACAACAUCUUUGAGACCGAUGGACCUCCGGGUGCUAUCGCCAUGGCAACCAUCCUCCAGGCCCUGGGUAAAGAUGUGGUCCUGGUGGUGGAUGAUGAUGGAGGACUUCUGGGAUGGAUGAGGAAACUGGUAGAGAUGCUUGUGGAAAGAGGAGUACUGUCCAAGGCCAUCCCUUUGGAAUGCUAUCCUCCUGCUGGCCAGUCUGCUUCCAAAGAGAACGCUGUCUCUUUCUUGACCGGCCAAGACGGUCGCACUCCAAGGUUCGAUCACCUGGUGGCGAUAGAGCGAGCUGGGGUGGCUCAGGAUGGAGGCUACCACUCAGCUACUGGGUUGGACAAGAGCGUCAAGAUAGGAGGGAUUGACGCCUUGUUUAAUGCAGCAAGAGAAAUGGAUCGUGUAUUUACAACAGGAAUCGGAGAUGGUGGUAAUGAGAUAGGAAUGGGCAAGGUGCGAGACAGGGUCGUGACCCACAUCCCAAAGGGUGACAUCGUUGCCUGCAUCACCUCAACGGAUUACCUCGUCUGUGCUGGAGUGAGUAACUGGGGUGGCUACGCCCUUGCCGUCGCCCUCGCUCUCCUGAGACUGUGCCCCAUCCAUGACCGCUAUCGUCGUCGAGCCGUCGGGCUGCCCCCAACCGAGGAAGAAAUCCAGAGCAUCAUGGCUGCCAUACCAAGAGUCGACAAGGAGGGGAAGGUUCUUGAGGCUAUGGUGGAGCUAGGUUUCAUGGACGCUACGGGGGAAGUCAAGAUGGCUGUCGAUUGGUUACCGUUUUAUGAUGUCCAUGCUAACAAGAUCAAGGAAAUUUUGGGUGACUGGUCUUAAAUUUGAUAGGGAUGCAGUUCCAUUCCUUUUACCUAAGGAAAUAUCUUGAUAGUGCUGAAAUGGAGGCUCAAACUGAAAUUAUGUACAUUCCUUACAUACAAUUGUAUGUUUGGAACCAGAAGGGCGAUAUAUUUGUGUAAAAUGAUAUGAGUUUACACCAAAGAGAUGAUAUCAUUGCCUGCCUGUCUGAUAUAGACUAUAUGUGUCACAUAAUUUGAUAAAUCAAAAUAAUAGAUUUGAUUUGUAGAAGUGAUUGGAAAAUGGUGGAGGAAGUUUUUAUAUUUCUAUUUUAUGAUAGCUGGGAGAGCCAACUUGGAACGUAUAUAUUUUUACAUAAUUUUCAUAUAAAUCACUUCAACUUGUUUUGUAACAAUUAAAAUGUAUGUACAUGUUUGAAUGGACAUGUAUGAAAUUGUGUGUAAAAACAUACUGUAUUACAUGUUUGCGUGAAUAGGAGGAUAUUAUGAAUAUGUAUGACAUAUAAAUGUAAAAUCAUUCUAUCAAUUGAUACGUGAUUUAAUUCUGGUAUAUUUCUUUCAUGUAUAUGUGAAUUUUUGAUACAUUUUUAUAAAUCUCAUCACUUUUGAAUUGUUAUUUUCUCUUUUAACUGUGUGUGAAUGUUUUGAAGAACAUUGUGUGUGUAUACAUGUUGUUAUGUGUUUGCUUGAAUAUGGUGAUGGGUGUAUGAUAUAUAAAUUUGAAAACCAUUGAUAUGUGAUUUGAAUUUGAAUGUAUUCCAUCCAUCCUCUGUUAUAGAACUUGAUAUACCGGUAUCUUUGUUCAUGCGAAUAAUUAACAUACAUGAAUACGUGUGAGGUUUGUAACAAUAGUGAUAUUGAUCGACUGGCGAUCAUACUCUCAGGUAAAAUUGCAUACUUAAAUCACUGACAGUGAUUGUUGUUCAAGUACAAAUUGCAUAUUAUUGUCUUUCAAAUUGACGAUGAGAUAUAAGUGCUAUUUUCAAUGCAUCAAUAUCUUCAGAUUAAAGGUAAAGACCAGUAUUGGAAAA